AUGGAAAAAGAGAAAUGUUUACUUGCUGAAGUGUACAUGAAAGGAAAAGAAAACAACACAUUAUCAUCAUCAUCAUCAUCAUCAUCAACUAUCCUGAACUAUACCUAUAGUGUGGGAAUAGAACUGGUCUUUUCACUUAAGAGUUGCACUUGCUGUAAUCAACAGCAAAGAGACUUUUGUGAGUAA